AUAGUGCUCCUCCCUCCACUCGGGUCGGCAACUUGGCGUCUGACGGGCCAGAAGAGUGGUGGGCCGGCCCAGACAGGACAGGAGGAGGCCUGUAUCUGUAUGUAGGAAAGCAAAGCAAAAAGGAAACCCGCAGAGCAGAGCAGCAUCCCCCCUCCUCCACCUCCACCUCUCUAGCGCACGGCGCAGCCGUCUGUCAGAAACCCUAAACUUCGGCGAUGGCGGCGGCACCGGCAGGCGGGGGCGCGCGGGCGCUGUCCCAGCGGGAGCAGGAUAUCCAGAUGAUGCUCGCAGCCGACGUCCACCUGGGCACCAAGAACUGCGACUUCCAGAUGGAGCGCUACGUGUACAAGCGCCGCACGGAUGGUAUCUACAUUAUUAACCUUGGGAAGACCUGGGAGAAGCUACAGUUGGCCGCGAGGGUCAUCGUUGCAAUUGAAAACCCCCAAGAUAUCAUAGUGCAGUCUGCUAGGCCCUAUGGCCAGAGGGCUGUGCUCAAGUUUGCGCAGUACACUGGUGCUCACGCCAUUGCCGGCAGGCACACUCCUGGUACAUUCACCAACCAGUUGCAAACCUCAUUCAGUGAGCCACGCCUUCUUAUCCUCACUGACCCCAGGACUGAUCAUCAGCCCAUUAAGGAGUCUGCACUUGGAAACAUUCCCACUAUUGCCUUCUGCGACACUGACUCCCCUAUGCGCUAUGUUGAUAUUGGCAUUCCUGCCAAUAACAAGGGGAAACAGAGCAUUGGCUGUCUGUUCUGGCUGCUUGCCAGAAUGGUCCUCCAGAUGCGUGGUACAAUUCUUCCAGGACACAAGUGGGACAUCAUGGUUGACCUUUUCUUCUACAGAGACCCAGAGGAAGCAAAGGAGCAGGAGGAAGAAGAGGCUCUGGUUGCUCCUGACUAUGGCGCAGUUGCAGAAUAUACUGCUCCAGGGACUGACAACUGGGGCGCUGAUUGGGGAACUGGUGAAGCUGCAGCUGCGCCUGCUGGCAUUCCAGCUGCUGGUGCAGACUGGGCUGCUGCUCCAGCUCCUCCUGCUGAUGGUGUCUGGGAUGCAGCUGCGGCUCCUCCAGCAGCCACCGGAUGGGAACAAGGCACUGCCCCUGCCGCGGCACCUACUGGAUGGGAGUAAAGAGUAAAUCAGCAUGGUUGAUGGUUUAUAAUUGUCGUCAUCAGAAGUUGUUGGUAGACACUGCUUCAGUAGCAGCUUUGAACUUUUUACGUGCUACUAGAUGAGAAUCAAUGUUGUGUUAUUGACUCUGCUGAGACAGCGAGUGAACCGGUCCCCCCUUUUUUGUUAUCAUGUCAAAUGGAUAGCUCUGUUUUAAGCGUAUUUUGUGAACUGUAAAGGAAUCAGAAGGGGUUAGUUGUCUCCUAA